CGAAAACAGUUAUACAUCGACUGCCGAAGUAUACGUACCGUUAUGUCUGUAUAAUAAAUUAAAAGGAAAAGUAUAACAAAGUCAUAACGACAAGAAAAAAUUAUAAAUCAAAGGAGAUUUUUGUAAUCUGUGCAACAAACAUCACUCGAUUACUAUGCAAUCUUCGACACCUUCGUCGAAUUGUGAGCUGGUGCCACCAGGAGCUUUUGUUGGCGGACGCGACUGUGAUGGCUCUCCCAUUUAUGUGGGUCGUUCAUUUCACAGAAAAGAUAAUCUACCGGCCAAAGUGAUACCCAGCAAAGGUUGCGCUUAUGUCUGCUGGCGCGGUGAGGAAAUCAAAAAAAGACAAUAUGAGGUGCUGGUUGGUGAUGGCUAUGAAUGGGUAACUUCCCGCGGUGGUUCGGUGCCACGCAACGCUGUACCCGGUGGUACCACACGCCAUGGUGAGCCAUUAUACAUAGGUCGUUGCUCUUACCACAACAGUUUAACCGUUGGUAAAAUACAUCCAUCACAUGGCUGUUUGUAUAUACCGUUUGAUGGUAAAGAAUUGCGUUUUCAUUCAUAUGAAGUCCUGAUCAUGAAGGCCGAUCGUCGAGUGGGUCUAGCCUCUUUUCAGAAGUCAUCUGCAUCUUCCUUUGAGAAGAUCGAUCUUAAUAUCUCUCUAAGUGUCGGGUUUUAGACAGUAGUUUAUAUCAGUGGUCGGCUUGAGAGAAACUGCGACAGUGUGAGUGAGCACAAAUCUAAAGACACCCACUGAGGGCUAUGUAUCCUUACAUUUGGACAAUAUUUUUAUUCUUUCGUGACACAAGCAAUUCUGUGCUAUUUUAUUCAUCUUAAUAUAUUACGAUUACAAAAAUUAUUUUGGAUCCAAUAGACCUUAACUGUAUUGGACUUAAAUAACCUAUAACAAAAUAAUAAUCUUUAUUUGCAUUCAUCAUUUUUACUAAAUUUAAUAAAUGAAACAAAUUUUUUUAUUUCAAAAAUAUAA